AACUUGGCCACUUGACAAAAAAAAGUCUUAAACUUUGAUAUAGUACGAAGAAAUUAAACGCGUUGAAUUGAAUGAAGUCAACUGUCAAAGAACCAGAUUUUAUAUCUAUCUUUGUUCAUGGCUAACUAAUUGCCAACUUUCUAGGAGGGCAUAAUUCUUCUUUGAUCCUCAAAGAGAAAAAAAAACCCAUGAAAAUAUCCUAUGGGAAUUACGUGGCAUUCUUCUUCCUCAUGAGUUUCUUUGCACUGGAAACAGCAGCAGCAUCAGCAAGAACAGAAGCUGAAGCUCUUGUCAAAUGGAAGAACACUCUCUUCAUCUCUUCCUCUUCUUCAUCUUCAUCUUCAUCGCUCAGUUCGUGGUCGCUUCCCGGCCUGAAAAACCUCUGCAAAUGGUCUGGGAUUGUCUGCAACAACAGGACAACUGUUUCCCAGAUCAACCUUGCCAAUGGAGGCCUCUCUGGCACUCUCGACCACCUCAAUUUCACCUCUUUUGCUUCCCUCGCGCAUUUCAACAUCUCCGGGAACAACUUCACAGGUUCAGUCCCUCCCACCAUUGGAGACGCGCGGAGCUUGGUUUCAGUGGACUUGAGCAGCAACAUGUUUGGCGGAACCAUACCGCCCCAAAUUGGGAACUUGACAGAGCUUCAACACCUCACACUUUUCAACAACAAUAUCGCCGGUGCAGUUCCUUAUCAGAUUGGAAAUCUUCAGAAGGUAUAAUUCAAGAAAAGUUAAAACUUGGACUACAUUACCUCAAGAGCCAGCAUCUUGUAUGGCACCUUAAGUCAUCCAAUAUCUGCAGAAUA